CAAGUCUCACCGUCUCCACAUUUUCCGAGGCCUCACUUUCACUUCCGUUUUUAUCAUUCGUCGUCACUCUCACUCCUCUUCUCUCACCUUUCUCUUUCUCUGUGAACAAAAAAAUGAGCUCCCAAAUCUGCAGAUCUGCUUCAAAAGCCGCGAGAUCUAUUCUUUCUUCAGCUAAAAAUGCUCGUUUCUUCUCCGAAGGACGAGCCAUUGGUGCAGCAGCAGCGGUUUCUGCAUCUGGAAAGAUGCCUCUCUAUGCAUCUAACUUUGCAAGAUCAUCAGGUUCUGGUGUUGCUUCAAAGAGCUGGCUCACUGGACUCUUAGCUCUUCCUGCUGCAGCCUUGAUGCUUCAAGAUCAGGAGGUUCUUGCUGCUGAGAUGGAACGCACUUUCAUUGCUAUCAAACCUGAUGGAGUUCAACGAGGACUGAUAUCGGAAAUCGUUUCUCGAUUCGAGCGAAAGGGCUUCAAGCUUGUUGGUAUCAAAGUCGUCGUUCCUUCCAAAGAUUUCGCACAGAAGCAUUACCAUGAUCUCAAGGAAAGACCUUUCUUCAAUGGCUUGUGUGACUUCCUUAGCUCUGGUCCUGUUAUCGCCAUGGUAUGGGAAGGAGAAGGAGUGAUCAGAUACGGACGUAAACUGAUUGGAGCCACCGAUCCUCAGAAGUCUGAGCCUGGAACAAUCCGAGGAGAUCUAGCAGUUGUUGUUGGAAGGAACAUAAUCCAUGGAAGUGAUGGACCAGAGACAGCAAAAGAUGAGAUCAAUCUGUGGUUUAAGCCUCAAGAACUUGUUUCUUACACCAAUAACGCUGAGAAGUGGAUCUAUGGCGACAACUAAAUCUCCUCUUUCUCUUGUCUUUCUUUUUAAAUCAAAUAACAUUGUUUUUUUUUCUUAGCUAAACAAUAAAAACGAGAAACAGUUAUUACGGAUACAAACACAUCCUGGGUUUUGAAUUUCCCGGGGAACUCAGUAAUCAGAGUGAUAUAA